UUCAAGUUUGACCAACAGUUUUAAGCAAGUUUUUACCCCCUACAGAAAGCUGUGUAUUGACGAGUCCCUGAUGUUGUGGAAAGGGCGGCUUUCUUUUCGGCAAUUUAUUCCCUCCAAACGUUCCCGAUUUGGCAUUAAAUUUUUUCUGCUUUGUGAUGUACGUACUGGAUACCUUCUGGAUAUGAUUGUGUACACGGGCUCCUCCUCAGACAUCCAACUCGUUCCUGGCCUUGGGGUGACUGGGUCAGUGGUGACGACCCUACUCAGGCCAUUUCUGGGGAGGGGCCAUGCCCUCUACGUGGACAAUUGGUAUACCAGUCCGGUGCUUUUCCUCCAUCUUUUUAAACAUAAAACAGGGGCCUGUGGCACUGUGAGGAAAGGGAGGAAGGGGCUGCCUGUCUUCAAAAAUAAAAUGAAGAAGGGGGAGGUGGACUACAGAAAGGCAGGACAGCUUCUGGCCCUGAAGUGGCACGACAAGAGAGAUGUCCACCUUCUGUCCACGAUGAGUAAGGCAACCGUGGUGGACACAGGCAGGGUGGACUAUACUGGAGCUCCGAAAAUAAAGCCCUCUUGUGUGAUGGAGUACAAUGGCAGCAUGGGUGCAGUGGACAGGUUUGACAUGAAAAACAGUUUUGUUGACUGUACACGGAAGACUCUGAAGUGGUACAAAAAAGUGUUUUUUCAUCUGGUGGACUGUGCCAUCCACAAUGCACAAAUCGUUCACCAGCAGCUGACAGGAAGGGUCUCUCCCUCCCAAGUGUUCAGGCGUGAGCUGAUGAGGCAGCUUCUGGAGAAGUACCACUGCCCCCGGAAUGCUCCAACUGCUGGCCGCCUGUCUUUGGACAAUCCCCUUAGACUGACUGGGCGGCACUUUCCACGUGAAGUGCCGAAGACCACUGCCCAGGGUGAUAGCACUAGGAGGCAGUGCAAAGUGUGUCUUCACACCACAAGGCGGCCCAGGCAGAGGAAGAUGACACGAAUCUUCUGUGCACCUUGUGACGCCGCAUUGUGUGCCUUCCCUUGUUUCGAGGAGUAUCACACCCUAAAAUUAUAUUAA